UCGUGUGUGGGGCCCGUGAGGAUCCAGCGGGAGUGUUAGCUGUGUAAUGGCGGCUUCGGUGUUGCUCUCCGCGGAAAACGCCGUGCCCUCUUUUACCGUCGGCCAUCCCGCCACAGUUGCUUCUGCGGGAACUACCCAUCACGGAUUAUCCAAUGCUCCCGGACCCUCGUCCUGGAACCGCUCGCUGGAUCGGGCGCUAGACGAGGCGGCGGCCACUGGAGCUCUUAACCUGAGCGGCAGGAAACUGAAGGAGUUCCCGAGGAGCGCCUCCGGACACGACCUCACCGACACCACCCGGGCCGAUCUGUCACGAAACCGGUUGACGGAGCUGCCGGUGGAGGUGUGCAUGUUUGUGUCACUGGAGAAUUUGAACCUGUACCAGAACUGCCUUCGCUCAGUACCAGAGAGUCUGAUCAACCUACAGUCCCUCACCUACCUAAAUAUCAGUCGGAAUCAGUUGUCCACCCUCCCCGCUCAUUUGUGCCGACUGCCGCUCAAAGUUCUGAUCGCCUGCAAUAACAAGCUGGUAUCACUGCCGGAGGAUCUUGGCAAACUCAGACAGCUCACUGAACUGGACGUCAGCUGUAAUGAGAUUCAGACUCUUCCUCCACAGAUCGGUCAGCUGGAAGUUCUUCGUGACCUCAACAUCCGCAGAAACCACCUCGUUCGCCUGCCUCCUGAGUUGGCUGAGCUGCCUUUGGUCCGGCUUGAUUUUUCCUGUAACAAGGUAACGACAAUCCCUGUAUGCUACCGAAAUCUCAGACACCUUCAGAGCAUCAUUCUGGACAACAAUCCUCUGCAGAGCCCACCUGCACAGAUCUGUAUAAAGGGAAAGAUCCAUAUAUUUAAAUAUCUGAACAUGGAAGCAUGUAAAGCAGCAUCAGACCUUCCAGACUACGACAGAAGACCACUGCCCUUUGGAUCCUGUGUAGAGGAUUUGUAUUCUGGUCGGCCAUACGGAGCUCUGGACUCUGGGUUUAACAGUGUGGACAGCGGAGACAAGAGGUGGUCAGGAAAUGAGCCUUCAGAUGAGUUGUCAGACUUGCCUUUAAGAGUGGCAGAAAUCACCAAAGAGCAAAGACAGAGACGAGAAAGAGAACGCGAGGAUCAUCGGACGGGGUGUCACGUGACCAAUGGCACUAUGGACGCAGAGCUUGAACAGAUAGACUUCAUUGACAGCUGUACAGGGGAUGAUGAUGAUGAGGAUGGGCGGAGCCGUAGAAGGGCGGAGCCAGUCAGCCUCAGCUCUCAGUUUAUGGCCUACAUUGAAAGGCGAAUCACCAGAGAGGGUUCACCUGUGAAGACCAGCCCAUCCAGAGACUUAAGAACUGAUGACCCAAGACGUCAAAACUCCUUAAAUAACCGCGGUGGUUCGGAUACAGCGGUGACGUCUUACGCUCAUAAUCAGCGGUCUGCUGGUGUGGCGUCAGGUUCUGGUGGCGGUGUGGAGAAAAUGAGACGAGAAGCUCAGCUGGCGGCACAGCGGUACGAGGAAGAGAGACAGAAAAGAUCAGUGCAAAGAGAUGCCGUUAUGAAUUACGCUAAGCAUAAAUCAACUCCGAGCCCUACGAAGCUCAGUCCAUCAGACAGUGAGAGUGAGUUUGAGCCUCUAUUGAUAUUUGAGAUAGACACAGAUACCAACACUAUAAAGAAGAGGCCAGACCCUCACAAACAGUCUCUCUCUGCUGUGCCGCUGGAUGGGUGUGUGUCUCCCGCUUUAUCCGUCGCCCCCUCCUGUACGCCGCAGCAAGGUGAAGAUUAUGCCUCACUGUCACCCACUGCCCUCCAGUCACCCACUUACCCCAGCCCUGCUGCCCCGUCCCCCUCCCGCGGCGUCAACCAGCGACCUGAGAGUUACUUGUUCCGCUUGAGUCAGCGAGAGGAGAAAAAAAAAGGAGAAUCAGGCGCACAGAAGGCGGAGCCAGUGGAAGCCACUCCCAUGCAGAGUCCAGCCCCAACGGGAGAGGAGGCGCUACUGAUAGAGCAGCUGAGAAGGAAUAUUGAGUGUCGACUCAAGGUGUCUUUACCCACUGAUCUUGGGGCAGCUUUGACUGACGGGGUCGUGUUGUGCCACCUGGCCAACCACGUACGUCCCCGAUCCAUACCGAGCAUCCACGUACCCUCACCGGCAGUGCCCAAACUGACAAUGGCUAAGUGUCGACGAAAUGUGGAGAACUUCCUAGAGGCGUGCCGCAGAAUCGGAGUUCCUCAGAGCCAGCUGUGUCUUCCCCUGCACAUCCUGGAAGAGAGAGGUUUGGCUCAGGUGGCCGGGACGGUUCGUGCCCUCCUCGAUCUGGCUCCUCCAAAGCACACGCCCUCCCCCAGCACGACCCCAACCAGCACCAGCACUGCGUCUCCUCUCGCUCUGUAGGACCGAGAUGUGAACGGGCUAAUCUCCUCCCAUCAGCCCCAGAGAUCUUUUUAAGACUCCUUUCUGCUCUAGAGAGACCCUUGAACGGUUCUGUAAUGGUAACACACUCACACACACUACCUUCUUUGUGAACACACCGCUUUUCAAACCCCAAACCAGUCUUGAGACAGCAGAGGGGGAGAAGAGACAACUGACGGGACAGAGAAGCAUGUUCAGAGACUUCUUUGAAGCAGCAUUUCUUUCGUUUUAACAGUUAGUUUUACACUUUAAUAUCUUUAACUAUUAUGGGUGAUUUUUUUGUAUUACUAUUAUUAUUAUUAUUAUUAUUAUUGACUCUCAAGUGAUGUGGGAAUGAGAGUUGGCCAAAACUACCCAAGCUCACGUUACAGUUACAGAUGGUUAAAUCUCACUAAACCUGUCUGGGUCACAUUUCACCCUGAAAUUAUAUAAACAAGAUAUUGUACUUAAAUGAAAGCGUUUUUUUUUUGUUUGUUUGUUUUUUUUUUCUUUCUGGCCCUUAUGGUUUUUUUGUGACAUUAUUUUCAUGACAAAUUAAACAAAUUACGGCAGUGCAAAAACAUGAUUAAAUACUAUUUAAACUGUAAAGUAUUUAUACAUUUAAUUUAAUUUAUUAAAUUAAAUUCAUACAUUUAACUUAUAUA